AUGUCUCUGGUGGAUUGGUUCUGUGUCUCUGCUAUUUUGGGGCGUCGGCAGAAGGAAGCUAAGAUCUUGUUCUUGGGGCUGGAUAAUGCAGGGAAGACCACCCUGCUUCGCAUUCUGAAGGAUGAGUUAAUAUCGCUUGACUUCCACCAACCCACCCAGUUCCCGACUUCAGUGGAACUGCGUGUAGGGAAGAUAAAGUUCAAAGCUUUCGACUUAGGUGGUCGCCAGAUCGCUCGCAGAGUCUGGCCGGACUACUAUGCUAAGGUGGAUGCAGUGAUAUAUGUGGUGGACGCCUGCGACAAGGAGAGGUUUGUGGAAUCAGAGAGGGAGCUCGAUGCCCUGCUUUCAGAUGAAGCUCUGGUGCCUUUCCUCGUGCUCGGGAACAAGAUCGAUAUCCCGCAUGCGGCUUCAGAGGACGAGCUGUGAUAUCAUCUCGGGCUCACCGACUUCACAACUGGCAAAGGGAAAGUGAACCUUGCAGAUCAGACUGUUAGACCCCUUGAGGUGUUCAUGUGCAGCGUCGUGCGCAAGAUGGGCUAUGGCGAAGGGUUCGAGUGGAUGUCGCAGUACAUCAAGUAGAGAGCAGAUUUGAUGCGGUACUUCUUUCUUCUCUCGGAAAGAAACCGAAUCAUCUGAUUGCUUUCAGAUAGAGAGUUCAUGAUCUCGUCAUAUGAGGACAAUACAUCAUCGUUCGCUUUUGUUCCGCAUGUUUUGAAUUUCAGUCGCUGCUCCCCAAAUGAAGUACUCUGCCUGGAUCGUAAGUUUAUAAUAAUACAA